AUGAUGCAGCAGAUGAUGGGCAUGAUGAAACGUUUGACAAAACAACAGGAUUGGUUGGCUGAACAGAACUGGAUGAUGUAUGAUAUGCAGAAGAGCAGUUUCGGAUUGGCAUUUAGUGGUCAUGAUGAGUUGGUUCAAUAUGAAAAUCAAGUGAAAGAACAAAUAGCUAUUGUUUUUGGCUAUGUGGACAAAAUAGGUUGUGUCAUUGAACUUUUUAUUGGGGUUGUGCAUGUUAAGAAUACUUCUGCAAAGUCUUUGAAAAUUGCAAUAGAUGCCUUUUCUGUAAAGCAUGGAUUGAGUUUGACAGGUUUACGGGGGCAAGGUUAUGAUGGAGCAAGCAAUAUGAGGGGUGAGUUCAAUGGUUUGAAGACUUUGAUAUUGAGAGAAACGGCAUCUGGCAAGCGUAGAGAUCUUCUAUGUGAUAAACAAUAUGAAAAUGUGAUAUCUUUGAUUUCUAAUGGUGAUCUUCACAUGAGACGAGUUUUGGAUAACAUUAAGAAAGAACUCAACAAUCGUUUUGAUGAAGUAAAUAUGAGGUUGUUUCAAUGUAUGGCAUUUCUUGAUCCAAGUAACUCUUUUGUUGCAUUUAACAAAGAUAGAUUACUUGAAUUUGCAAAGUUUUAUCUUGCCGAUUUUCCUCAACAUGAUAUUUGGUUGCUCGAUGAUCAACUUGAAAACUAUUAUGAGGAUGUUAGUACCAUUGCCAAUUUCACUCAUGUCAAAGGGAUUGUUGACCUUGCGAAAAAAAUGGUUGAGUUUAAGAAGGAUGUUGCUUACAACAAAGUUUUCUUGCUUACUAAAUUAGCAUUGGUUUUGCCUGUGACUACUGCAACAGUUGAAAGGGUGUUCUCUAUAAUGAAUCUUGUGAAAAAUAGUUUGCGUAAUCAGAUGGGAGACAAGUGGAUGAACAAUUGCUUGGUGGUUUACAUUGAAAAUGAAGUUUUUACUACAAUUGAAAAUGAAGAUAUCAUUGAACACUUUCAAAAUAUAUCAAAGCGGAAAAUCAUGUUAAAUUGA